AUGUUCGAUCGGAGCGGAAAGGGGCCUAGAGAAGCAAUGGGCAUGGCUCCUGCUCCGUUCGGAGUGAUCAAGGAAGACAUCGUUGGCGCCUUCUCUCGCUUUCACGUCGACCUGUAUGCGGGAACUCAAACGUCCGCACUAUGCGGUCGCUGGGAAGUAUUGCCUGCUGACGUGGGUACGGGCUACGCAGAGGAAGAACAGGAGGAUACGAAGAUAAAACAUGUGAGUGAGUUGAAAGGCAGUCUCGUUGCCACCGACUUCGUUGUGUUCUAUCUAUUGAUGAUCUCAAAGAAUGGAAUAGAUCUGGAUCUAGAUAAGGUUUCGCUUCCAUCGCUUGCCGCUGGCGUACCCACUUCUGAGCAAGCAGCCAAAACAGGCAAACCGUAG